GUUGCACGAGACCAACCGGACCAAAAUGCCAUCCGCCUCUCGUUCAGCGCUCCAAUGAUUAUUAGCAUCGCAAAUGUCAUAGUUGCCACAUCAUCCCUUGGGUUUCACGACGGGACAUUGGAAUUUCAUCUCAAGGAAGGGGAGUUCCGGCUUCCCGAUAUAGAAGUAGGGGCGGUGUUCUCUGCUCUCUACAUUUCUUACUCGCUCGGAUCUCUCUUCUGGGGAUACCUAUUCACGUACAAGCUGGAACAAGAAAGUGCGUCGGUAUUGCUCGGAUUUACGAUAUUGGCUGUGUCAUUUCUCUUCGUCGGUCCCGCUCCAUUCCUGCCAAUUCCACCGUACCUCUGGAUUGUCUACCUUACCCAAACCGCAGCAGGUUUCGGUAACUCUGCUGUGAUAGUAGCCAGUUUUAGUGUGGCACUAAAAAAAGCCAUCGAAAGAGGAUUUCCAAACAACAUGUGGACCUACGCAACUGUAUGUGGUGUGCUCUUUGGUGCAAUUACUCUGGGAUCGUCGGUAGCACCACUGCUGAGCAAGCAUGCCAGAGAAAUCAUAGGCUACGAGAAUGCUUCGCUGGUCAUGUUUGCUGCUUUGGUCAUUUGUGUUAUCAUGAACUUGGGAUCGUGCAUCAAAAGCUCGAAACGGAAGCGCACUAUUCUUCGCGACCCUACAGUGGAUGGAACGUACAACGGCAGAGAUGACCCUUGA